CAAGGACGACGAUGGGCCGCCGGGGAUGGCGAAGGUCAAGGCAGAACCGGUGCAGUGUCCGUUCGUGUCGGUGUUCAUGCACGCGGACGCGGCGGACGUGGCGCUGAUGGUGCUGGGCCUGGUUGGCGCCAUGGGCGACGGCAUGUCGACGCCGGUGAUGUUGCUCAUCGCCAGCCGCAUCUUCAACGUCACCGGCAGUGGACCUGACCGCCUCCAGCAGUUCACCUCUAAGAUGAAUGAGAACGCAAGAAAUCUCCUCUUCUUGGCAGUCGCCAACUGGAUCAUGGCGUUCCUGGAGGGUUAUUGCUGGGCGCGGACGGCGGAGCGGCAGGCGUCGCGGAUACGUCUGCGCUACCUUCGGGCGGUGCUCCGGCAGGACGUGGAGUACUUCGACCUCAACGCCGGCGCGACGUCGGAGGUGAUCACCGGCGUCGCCAGCGACAGCCUCGCCGUGCAGGACGCGCUGAGCGAGAAGGUGCCCAGCUUCGUGAUGAACGUCACCAUGGUCGUGGCGAGCUACGUCGUCGGGUUCGCGCUGCUGCCGCGGCUCAUGCUGGUUGGGCUGCCGUCGGUGCUGCUGCUCAUCGUCCCCGGCUUCCUCUACGCCCGCGUCCUCAUGGACCUCGCGCGCCGGAUCAGGGAGCAGUACACGCGCCCGGGCGCCAUCGCCGAGCAGGCCAUGUCGUCGGUGCGGACCGUGUACUCGUUCGUGGCAGAGGGGAGCACCAUCGCGCGGUUCUCCGCCGCGCUCGAGGAGUCGGCGCGGCUCGGGAUCAAGCAGGGGUUCGCCAAGGGCGUCGCCAUCGGCAGCAGCGACGUCCGCCUUGCCAUCUUCGCCUUCAAUCUUUGGUACGGCAGCCGCCUCGUCAUGGAUCACGGGUACAAGGGUGGCACCGUCUACGCCGUCUCUUGCGUCAUUGUAGUUGGAGGCUUAGCGCUGGGGUCGGCACUAUCGAACAUCAAGUACUUCGCGGAGGCAAGCUCAGCGGCGGAGAGGAUACAGGAGGUUAUCCGGCGGGUGCCCAAGAUCGACUCGGAGAGCAACGCCGGCGAGGAUCUGGCCAACGUCGCCGGCGAGGUGGAAUUCAAGAACGUGGAGUUCUGCUACCCGUCGCGGCCGGAGACCCCCAUCUUCGUGAGCUUCAACCUGCGCGUGCCGGCGGGGCGCACGGUGGCUCUCGUUGGCAGCAGCGGAUCAGGGAAGUCUACGGUGAUCGCGCUGCUGGAGAGGUUCUAUGACCCGUCGGCCGGCGAGGUGACCCUCGACGGCGUGGACAUCCGGCAGCUCCGGCUCAAGUGGCUGCGCACGCAGAUGGGGCUCGUCAGCCAGGAGCCGGCGCUGUUCGCGACGUCGAUCAGGGAGAACAUCCUGUUCGGCAAGAAGGACGCCACGGAGGAGGAGGUCGUCGCCGCAGCAAAGGCGGCCAACGCCCACAACUUCAUUCUUCAGCUGCCGCAGGGUUACGACACGCAGGUGGGCGAGCGUGGUGUCCAAAUGUCUGGAGGGCAGAAGCAAAGGAUUGCUAUUGCUAGAGCAAUCAUCAAGUCACCUAAGAUCCUCCUCCUUGAUGAAGCCACCAGUGCAUUAGACACUAAUUCAGAGCAUGUUGUGCAGGAGGCGCUUGAACUGGCUGCCAUGGGUCGAACUACUAUUGUCAUUGCACAUCGACUCUCCACCAUCCGAAAUGCUGAUAUGAUUGCUGUCAUGCAGUCUGGUGAGGUCAAGGAGCUGGGAUCCCAUGAUGAGCUCAUUGCCAAGGAGAAUGGCAUGUACUCAUCUCUUGUACACCAUCGACACACCAAAGACUCAAAUGGUACUCACGACUUUGAUGGAACUGGAAGUACAUUUGUUAUGCAGCAAUCAAGUAACCAGGGUAUGAGUAGGAGGUCCUCUGCAGUAAGCAAGUCAAUGUCAACACUGUACAUGAGUGAUGCUGAAGAUGCACGCAGCACAGAGAAGCCAAAGCUUCCUGUACCAUCCUUCAGAAGGCUACUGAUGCUUAAUGCACCAGAAUGGAAGCAUGCAGUGAUGGGAACAAUUAGUGCAUCUGUGUUUGGAGGAAUACAACCCGUGUAUUCAUAUGCCAUGGGAAGCAUGGUCUCGAUCUACUUCUCGACAGAUCAUGAAGAGAUCAAGGAAAAAACUAGGACCUACACAUUAUUCUUUGUUGGUCUUACAGUCCUAUCAUUCAUUGUCAAUAUUGGACAGCAUUACAGCUUUGGUGCCAUGGGGGAAUACCUUACCAAGAGGAUUCGAGAAAAGAUGCUUGCAAAAUUCCUCACUUUCGAGGUUGGGUGGUUCGACCGUGACGAGAAUUCUAGCGGCACCAUAUGCUCAACCCUUGCCAAGGAUGCCAAUGUUGUUAGGUCACUUGUUGGUGAUCGAAUGUCCCUCAUCAUCCAAACAGUUUCUGCGGUGCUCAUCGCCUACAUCAUGAGUCUGGUGAUUGCUUGGCGCUUGGCUCUUGUGAUGAUAGCAGUGCAGCCUCUUAUCAUCGCAAGCUUUUAUACUCGCCGUGUCUUACUACAGAAUAUGUCCAAUAAAUCAAUACGGGCACAAUCAGAAUGUAGCAAGCUAGCCGUCGAGGCUGUAUCAAAUCUUCGCACUGUAACUGCUUUCUCAUCCCAGGACCACAUCAUGUGCCUCUUUGAACAAGCACAGAAUGGCUCUUUCAGUGAAAGCAUCCGGCAGUCAUGGCUUGCUGGUCUCGGCCUUGGUACUUCCAUGAGCCUUUUGAGAUGUGUAUGGGCUCUGACCUUUUGGUAUGGUAGCAUUCUCAUGGCUAAACACCACAUUACUUUCAAGGCUCUAAUGCAAACCUUCUUGAUUCUAAUAAGCACAGGACGUGUGAUAGCAGAUGCAGGAAGUAUGACAACCUACCUCGCUAAGGGCACCGAUGCAGUCGCCUCAGUGUUUGCUAUUCUUGACAAGGAGACAGAAAUUGACCCCGACAGCCCUGAGGGAUACAAACCAGUGAAUCUCGAAGGCGAGGUGGACAUUAGAGAAAUUGAUUUUGCAUAUCCAUCAAGGCCAGAUGUGAUCAUCUUUAAAGGAUUCUCCUUGAGCAUCCAACCAGGCAAGUCAACGGCUCUUGUUGGCCAAAGUGGUUCUGGAAAGUCAACCGUCAUCGGGCUUAUAGAACGGUUCUAUGACCCACUUAUGGGGAUUGUGGAAAUCGAUGGCAGGGACAUCAAAACAUAUAACCUCCGAGCCCUGCGAAAGCACAUUGGGUUGGUCAGCCAAGAGCCAACAUUGUUUGCAGGUACCAUCAGAGAGAACAUUGUGUAUGGAACUGAAAUAGCCAGUGAGGAAGAAAUUGAGAAUGCUGCAAGGUCUGCCAAUGCACAUGAGUUCAUUAGCAGCCUCAAGGAUGGGUAUGACACAUGGUGCGGUGAGCGAGGAGUUCAAUUGUCAGGAGGCCAAAAGCAGCGCGUUGCAAUUGCCCGUGCAAUCAUGAAGAACCCUGCUAUCUUGCUACUGGAUGAAGCUACAAGUGCACUGGACAGACACUCUGAGAGGGUUGUACAAGAGGCUCUGGACCGAUUGUUGGUCGGCAGGACAAGUAUAGUGGUGGCACACAGGCUCAGCACCAUCCAAAACUGUGAUGUGAUCACUGUACUUGAGAAAGGUAUGGUUCUAGAGACAGGCACACAUGCAUCCCUCAUGGGCAAGGGUCCUGCUGGAGCAUACUUCGGAUUGGUUAGCUUGCAACAAGGACGCAACCAGCACUUAGAUUUUGCAUGACAGCACAGCACCACGUUCUGAACUUGCAGCCAUGAUCAAUGAGUCACCAUUCCGGGUUAACCAACAAGCAUUCAGCAAAAAACAACUUCGUGUCACAAUUUACUCUUUCGAUACUGUCCCUCCCACUGCUCUAUGCCUCUAUCAGUACAUAGAAGUGUAUGUGGCAUCUCAAGAUAAAAGUGCAUCUAGCUAUCAUUUUCUUGA